UUCUUGCGUCUCGGCUGGCUUCGGUCCAGCAGCAGCAGGGAGGUCCGAUACACAGCGUCUGUCAUCCCGUCGGCAUCCCCCCCCCCUCACUGCUUGGACUGUUCCAUUUCGCAUCAGAAAAAAUCUGGUAGUUGGAGAAGAGUUCUUCAUGUCAGGGACUGCUGUAGCCUCAGCACGCAGAGUACUGUAGCUCCUGGAUCACCUAAGAUAAGCAAAUGGAUGACAAAGAGCUGAGCGAUCCCCUGAAUAACGUAUCAGUCAUUAAAGAUGACCUGACCCGGUCAAACAUGGGGUCCUCUGGUGACUCAGAAAAGAUUAUCCAGCGCUUGAAUGAUGAACUACGAGAAGCCCAGGAGCAAGCUAAUACUGAGAAGCACAAAUGCAUUGAGCUACAAGGUAUCUUGGAGGAAGAGAGAAAAGAAAAUAAGCAACAAGCUGAUGAAUCUGCGAAACAGAUCAAACUUCUUCAAGGCCAGCUGCGGCAGCUCCAAGAUGACAUGGGCGUUCUCAGAGAGCAGAUAGAUGUCUCCUCCGGUUCACACGACGAGCUACAAAGUGCACGUGAUGAGGCGAAGGCGCUGAAACGUUCCCUGGAGGCAGCCACUGCUGAGCGGGACCGUGACGUCGCUGCUAUCCAGACUAACCUGUCAACCGUGUCAAAGGACCUGGACAAAUGGCGUCAGACUGCCAACAAAUAUGAGCGUGAAAUUGACAACCUACAGCGUGACCUUCAGCAGCAGAGCAAGCAGUGGCAGAAAACUGCAGAAAUACAAGCCGGUGAGCUGCAGUCCAUGCAGGUGGAGUGUAAUGGCCUUCAGAAGGAGUGUUCUGCCCUGCGAUCUGAAAAACAAGACAUUGUCAACAAGCACCAGAAGGAAAGGAGCGGCCUGCAAAGUGAGUGUGCUUCCCUCAGGGCUGAAAAGGAGGAACUCCUCAAGACUCACCAGAAAGAGAAGGGCAACCUGCAAAGUGAAUGUGCGGGACUGCGCUCUGAGAAAGAGGCAGUGCUGCAGAAACAGAAGCAGCUGGAGAAAGACCUUGCCAGUUCGCGUGCCCAGAAUGGUGAGUUGAGCAGUAGCCUCAAAGCCCUGGAGAGAUCCCAGCAGGAGUUGGAGAAGAGGCUGGCGGCCCUGCAGCUCCAGCAUCAGCAGGAUAGCACCAAGCUGCAAACCCAAUUGGAUGAAGCAGAAAGUCGCAGCAAGACUCUGCAGAGAGAGUAUGAGGAGGCUAAGACGGAGCUGUCAGACCUAAAGGAAAAGUAUGAGAAGACUGAGCAGGAAAAACAGUCGCUUAAAGAUGAACUUGAGGAGUGCAACGCCAACAUGAAGGAAUUAAAGGAGAAGGGAACAAAGACAUCCCUAUUGCUGCCUGUUCAAGCCAUAGUCAUCGGCCUUAUCCUGGCUUUGCUGUAUUGGUGCUUCGGCGCAUUGUGGUAGUAAGAAGCCAUGGAUGAUCUGGGGACCCGUGGUUGCUGUGGCUGUGACAGCAGUGACUGCUGCUGUGCUCUUCAGGACCUGAGGGCAACAUGCUCGAACACACACACACGCAAAAUCCAUAUUUGUCGUCAGAUUUCUCCGCACUUGCCCCCUUAUCAUAUCUGCACUAUUAAUUAGGAGGGCUCAUACUAAACACUGUUUAAUUUUUAAGAUGCUCUAUUUUAGAUGACAGAGAGGUUAAUAAAAGAAUGUCCGUUUUGUGUGCAAAUGAAUACGUUUGUUUGUAUGUCUAUUAUUUGAAGGAAAUCUAGUUUACUAUCAUGACUUAAACGAUUAUCCAUUAAUGAAUGUAAAGAUGCUCUACACAAUUAAUUCUAAAUAUAUAUAUAUGAUGAUAUUUUAGGUGGAUUACCUGGAGUUUAAACCUCCCUAAAUGUAACACGUCUCUGUACCUGUCAGAAUAAUAAAUGUCUCAAUAAUGCA